AUUUCCAAGGUUGAGUCGGUGACUACAGCUCGGUGCAGCAGCACAUAGUACCGUGGUACUUGCAAAGAAUUACUGCUCAGGUGGUGCACAUGUGCCGGCGGUAGUUGAAAGAGAAAUCGAUAAGAGUGGAAUUCGAAGUUAGACGAAGUUAGAGCGAAAGCAUGGACGUUGAAAUUGGACCAAGCUCUCCCGCAAUCGCUCUUUCCACCUUUCACCAAGCCAAUCCUGGAGCCAUGUACCUCCCCGCUAACACCGCCGCUGCUGCCGUUGCCGGGAUCAGUCUUCCACCGGCUUCCAUAUCCAAUUAUCCGAAUUCCAAUUCAAAUGCUUCCCGCUAUUAUUAUUCCAAUUCGACCUCAAUGCAACAACCGCAACAAUACCAACAAUACCAGCAAUACCAACAACACAACCAGCACUAUACUCUCGAUGUCGGUGGCGGGAUGCGCAAGAUGCGCAAGAGGAAAGCCGAGUCUCAGGACAAUGAAAGACUAUCCAAGAGAUUGAGUCUCCUCAACCUUGAAAAAAAUGGUCACAAACUCUACGUCCCGGUCGAGAGCCCGAAGCUCAGACCGACCGAAUGCGCGCUGACGCAGAUCCCCGAGGACGACACAAUGCAACUCGACGACUCGAAGCACAAGGUGUACAUCUACAACAUAGACGACGAGCUCUCCGAGAGCGAGUCCGACAGCGAAGGCCGCUUGGUCUUUAUACCGGACAUCGAGAAGCACCUCAUGCAGAACCGCAUUCCGCCGUCAGUGCUGGCCAACAAAGACGGCGAGCUUGCUGGCAUGCAAUUGGUCCUAUACAGCGAGCCCUCCUCGCUAACCGUCCCAAAGGAGCAGGAUAGCGUAAGGAAGGCGAUCAUCGAGGCAAGGCAGAGGAUCAGGGAGAAGCAAAAGGAGGAGCACGAACAAGAAGUCACAUCUACAUCGACUCCUGCAACUUCGCCCUCGAUGCCGAACGGCAUCCCCAAUGGCACAUCAAACGGUUUCACAAACUAUAACGGAAUAGAAACAAGCUACAACAACGACCCGGACGCAAUGGAAGUAGAUUGAAGGGAAAGUAACGAAUUAUAAACGCGAUAUACGGAGUUUGGCUCGUUCAACUAGAUACCCAGGCGGUUUUAGCGGGAAACAUCUUAUUUCGGGUGUGAUUGAAUAACUUCUUCAGGCGCAAUCCGGAGUCCAGAUAUUUCUCUUAGCACGUGCGAUGUGAAGCAAGGCAACACGGUAACUCGGUGUGUUUAUGUAGUUCCUUUU